GAUUUCGGCACCACAUUUUCAGGGGCAUGUUACGCUAUUACUGGCAGAUUGUCUACAAAAGAGCCAAAGCAAAAUAAUUUACAGCAGAAAAUACCAUCUAUCAUUGUAUGUGAUCGGAACUUCCACCUUUUGCUUUGGGGAAUGAGUGCCUUAAACUUUACAAAAUCUGGUCAAGUAAAGGAUGGUCAUCGAGUCCUUGAAAAGUUUAAAUUACAACUCCCUUCGUCCAUUGCACAGAAAGGGGCUUUUCGCCGUACUGGAAAUACUAGCCAACUCGAGCUUUUAUGUCUGAGAGCUACAAUUGAUUAUUUUAGGGAGAUUUUUGAUCACACCGUCAAUGUCAUGCAAAAUGGCAAUAUAGUACAAGAUUUUAAAAUUGAAAAAGAUGAUAUACGUUUUGUUAUUACCGUCCCAAUACAGUGGAAUGACGUCCAAAAGUCGCUUAUGCGUUUGAUCGCUAUUGAAGCAGGGUUGAUUUCCAAAUACGACAAUGAAAAUCGUUUAAAAAUCAUUAGCGAGUCUUCAGCUGCACUUCUCUAUUGUGAACGGAAACCAGAUGCGAGAUAUGGAAUUAUGUCAGAGGGUGAGAAGUACAUGAUUUGCGAUGCUGGUGGGGGGACGGUGAGCAUUGCUGUCUUCGAAGUACCCAAACAGGGAGACAAAAAUUACAACGAUAGUUUUCGUAGAUGUCAACUUACCGCAGCAAGCCUAAAGAGAUGUGGAUCUGCAUAUUUGGAUCUUAAAAUGAAGGAGAUUCUUUUGGAUAUUUGUUUUGGUGCAGAUAAAGAAUUGUGGAAGGAUAAUAAGUUAAUAAGAGAAGAGCUUGAAUCAUAUAUAGCACCUUUGACAGACCAUACUCAGGGUAAAAUAUUAAAUCAGCUGAAAUUGCGGCAAGGCCCUGAUGGUGUACCAAUUACGGAAGAAGGUGUAACAGUCGACCUUGGUGAAUAUCAUUUUGAAAUUACACUUUCUUAUAAAUACAUGCGAGAAAAGGUUUUUGAUGAAGUAAUCGAUAAUACAAUUGAUCUUUUGAAGAGACAGAUAAAGAAAGCCAAUGGAAACAUCAAAUAUACCUAUCUGGUGGGAGGUUUUGGUGGAUCACCAUACUUACGUAAACGUAUCCUAAAAGCAUUUCCUGUUAAGAGUCCACUAUAUCUUGGUGUUUUGAUCCAGGAUGAUAGAGGUGACAUAGCAGCAAUGAGGGGUGCAGCGUACUACGGUAACUAUCCCGAGACCUUUACAGAGCGGGUUUCUAGAAGGUCUUAUGCUAUUCAAGUUCGUGGUUACAAACGUCAAAAGUUUGAAAUUGACACAGAGAAGAGCUUAUCAGAAAUGAAGCUAAGGGGAGGAAAAAACGUGAAGAAUGAUAUAUACAAUGAAGAAGCAGCAAAUGCAUACAGUGAUGUGGACAGACCAGUAAAUCUGUACUAUCAGUCAUCCUAUAAUUCAUCUUUAAAAGAUAGUGAUUCUUUAAGAACCCCUGACGAUGUAACAUUCCUAAUCAGUAGAGGUGAUAAGAUUUCGGAGUGCAAUCAAAUGCAUGGAAUUUCAAAGAGAUUUUAUGCUGAGGAAGAAUGUAUCGUUUAUGCCAGUAAGUAUAUAUCACACAUUGUAUAG